AUGGAGGGCAAUGAGGUUAUCAGCGCACCAAAGCAUCUGGACUGGUUGCAAAUGGUGCGCAUUAAGGAGGGUGAAGUCCCUCACAUGAUUGCCUAUGUUUCAACUAGGUUGUCCCGCUAUCGUCCCGCUAUGCGUUGCGACAUCGUCGACCAUCGUGACAUACUUGUUCUCUCCCUCUUCAGUGGGGCCAUUGAGCACCUCGCUGCUCAUGUGCAUUCUUUACCACCUUUCAUCUACAUGGCAGGCAACUUCAAUUGUGUGUCGGCAACUUGGGAUGACUAUGAGCAUGGCGAGUCGUCGACAGCAAUAUCCCUGUGGGACACCGCAUCUCAGAUCAGCCUCAAAUCCAACAUGUUGGAUCUUGUAUUCUUAGCUCCAUCUGAGAUCCUAAUCUCGACGCCCAGAUUGGAGCACGAUCUCCAGGAUCAGACAAUUAAAUCCGGAAGCAAGGCUGAGAAGUCUUUCAUUUCGGACAUUCUCCAGGAUCUUGCAGCUAUUCCUGUUGCAGCCCCGGCUACCAAGGAAGGCAUUGAAGCUUUAGCUGAUGCUAUUGUGACAGCAAUCUCGGACACGUGGCUCACCCACUCGACCAAGUCUAAACCUACCAAGCGCUCCAAGUCCUGGUGGACAGACGAGUGCUCGGAAACAUUUGGAGUAUAUCAGUUGAGUCACUCGCUCACUGAUUACAGCAAAUUCAAGAAGGCAUGCAAGGAUGCCAAGCGUGAUUUCUUUGAUGAACGCAUCGCAGAAAUCACUACUUCUCACAAGUGCCCUUGGGACCUGAUGGAAUGGGUCAAACAGCACAAGCUACCACCCUGUGAGGCUAUUUGCAAUGGCGACCAGCCUUGCCAUGAUAUGGAUGACCUUUGGGAUGCCCUUCAUGGCACAUACAACUUGGCCUCUGGUUGCAAGUAUGACGCCUCAGUCUUAGACGAGCUUCCUGACGAGCCGGUCCGUGAGUGGGCUGACUUUUCGGAGCAUGAGUCGUUGAGUGCUCUUAAGGGGUGUUCCAACUCCUCUGCACCAGGACCAGACCAUGUUACGUGGGUCCACCUAAAGGAGUUGCUCAAGGACAAACACGUCCUUGCACUCUUCAUCAUGUUGGCCAAUGCUUGCCUUAGGGUGGGGCACUGGCCAUGUAUAUUCAAGGAGUCGCUGUUGGUUAUCGUACCGAAGCCGAACAAGCCCUCCUAUGCAGUGCCGAAGGCUUUCAGGCUGAUCAUACUCCUCAUCACUUUUGGUAAACUUAUCGAAAAGAUGAUUGCCAACAGGAUACAGUUUGACACUGUCAAACAUGAUAUCUUUCAUCCAAACCAACUUGGCGGUAUUCGCCAGAGGUCAACUGAGGAUGCUGGAUUGAUUCUGACUCAUCUCGUGCGAGCGGGGUGGGUCAAGGGUCUCCAGACUAGUGCGCUGGCUUUUGACAUCACACAGUUCUUCCCUUCUAUCAACCAUGAAAUGUUCAUGGCUGCCCUUUGCAAGCAAGGGUUUUUGCCAAUAUUGGUGGAGUUCUUUGCUUCUUACCUUGUUGGGCGCUCCACAGUCUACUGUUGGAACACCUUCCAAUCCAACUUGUGGUCUGCGGACAUGGGUGUCGGGCAGGGCUCAGCCCUCUCACCUGUUAUCUCAGGGCUCUUCAUUGCUCUGGUGAUGAAGCUCUUCUAUAUCAAAGCGGCGCCACUCAACACAACACUACUCUCCUUUGUUGAUGAUGGGACCAUUCUGGCCCAGUCCAAACAACUCAAUGAUAAUAAUGUGGGCCUGCAUAAGGCCUAUAAAAUUAUCUACCUUUUAUUCAUUGCAUUUGCACUCGUUCUUGAACAUGACAAGACCGAGCUGUUUCACUUUUCUCAUCGAUGCAACACAUAUAAUCCCUCACUGGAUUUGGGGUAUGCUCCACAUACAGGCACCACACCUUUGAAGCCCAAGACCUAUUGGAGGUACUUGGGCUUCUACUUCGACCACGGGCUCACUUUUCACAAGCAUGUUUGCUAUUACGCCACCAAGGCAUUCACCACUGUGCAGGCCAUGUGCAUGCUUGGAAACUCUACCAGGGGUCUUUCACCUAAGCAGCGACACCUCUUGUAUAGAUCAUGCGUGGUCUCUAUUGCCAUGUACGGUUAUCAUCUCUGGUACUUUGAUGGUGCCCGCAACAAGGGCACCAUGAACCAGCUUAAACGGAUGCAGCAAAAAGCUGCUCUAUGGAUCAUGGGUGCCUUCCGCACCUCACCUACAGGCGGUCUUGAGGCUUUGGCAGGUCUCAUCCCCAUCCACCUUGUGCUGAAGAAGUUGGCAAUGUGCGCAGUGUACCACGUCACCACCCUCUUUGCUCCAUGA